GUCCAUCAUCUGACGAACACUCAGCUGGCCCUGUACUAGUUUUUGACAACAACGACUCUGUCGACAAUGUUCACAUCCUGACUAUUGGUCCUCAAACUGCUACAAGUCACUCUUAGUCGGUUGUCUUUUUAUUUUUGAAGCUGUACAUCAUGGAACCGUCUGCGCCGAAAAGUAAGCUGAAAAAGCUGAGUGAAGACAGUUUGACCAAACAGCCAGAGGAAGUGUUUGAUGUUCUCGAGAAACUCGGUGAAGGUUCCUAUGGCAGCGUGUUUAAAGCCAUCCAUAAGGAGUCAGGCCAGGUGGUGGCCAUCAAGCAGGUGCCCGUGGAGUCGGAUCUACAGGAAAUUAUCAAGGAGAUUUCCAUCAUGCAGCAGUGUGACAGCCCUUAUGUGGUGAAAUACUAUGGCAGCUACUUCAAGAACACGGAUCUCUGGAUCGUCAUGGAGUACUGUGGAGCCGGUUCUGUCUCUGACAUCAUCAGACUGCGCAACAAGACGCUGACAGAAGAUGAGAUUGCCACCAUCCUUAAGUCAACACUGAAGGGUCUUGAAUACCUUCACUUCAUGAGGAAGAUCCAUCGAGACAUCAAGGCAGGAAACAUCCUCCUCAACACUGAGGGACACGCCAAACUGGCCGACUUUGGAGUUGCUGGACAACUAACGGACACCAUGGCGAAGAGAAACACUGUGAUCGGUACUCCGUUCUGGAUGGCUCCAGAGGUGAUCCAGGAGAUCGGCUACAACUGUGUAGCUGACAUCUGGUCCCUGGGCAUCACAUCCAUAGAGAUGGCAGAGGGCAAACCCCCCUAUGCUGACAUUCAUCCCAUGAGAGCCAUUUUUAUGAUUCCCACCAACCCUCCUCCAACAUUCCGCAAGCCAGAGCUUUGGUCAGACGAAUUCACAGACUUUGUCAAGAAGUGUUUGGUCAAGAACCCAGAGCAGAGAGCAACGGCCACGCAGCUGCUACAGCACCCAUUCAUCAGCCAGGCCAAGCCAGUCACAAUCCUCAGAGACCUGAUAACCGAAGCCAUGGAGAUGAAAGCCAAGAGGCAGCAGGAGCAGCAGAGAGAGCUGGAGGAGGAGGAUGACAACUCUGAGGAGGAGACCGAGGUGGAUUCUCACACUAUGGUGAAGUCGGGCUCAGAGGGCGCCGGGACAAUGCGGGCCACCAGCACCAUGAGCGACGGGGCUCAGACUAUGAUUGAGCACGGCAGCACCAUGCUUGAGUCAGAUCUGGGCACUAUGGUUAUCAACAGUGAUGAUGAAGAAGAGGAGGAAGACCAGGGAUCGAUGAGAAGGCACGCCACCCCACAGCAGCCGAUACGUCCAUCCUUCAUGGACUACUUUGACAAGCAGGACUCCAACAAAGCAGCCCAGCAGCAGGAGAACUACAACCACAACCAGCCUCAGGAGCAGCCCGGCUACCACAUCCAGUCCAAAAACGUCUUCCCUGACAACUGGAAGGUGCCUCAGGACGGAGACUUUGACUUUCUUAAGAACCUGGACUUUGAGGAGCUGCAGUUGCGCUUGACUGCCUUAGACCCCAUGAUGGAGCGGGAGAUAGAGGAGCUCAGGCAGCGCUACACUGCCAAAAGGCAGCCCAUCCUGGAUGCAAUGGAUGCCAAGAAGAGACGACAACAGAACUUCUGAGUGCUCCUCGUUGUCGCCUUGUCCCCUGGUGUGGGUUUCCCAAAGUCACCAUCACCACUAAACUUAAUUCCCAGUGACUCAGGGGAGCUAAGACGACCUUGUUGCUCUUAUUGGAUGCCCUCUGCUGUGCUGACUAACUGCCAGCCGGCCUCUGAAUGAAGAUAGAUGCUUCCUCUCCUGGGUGACAUUCAUUUGGCUCCUGGAAUCCACACUCUGUCUUGAAUAUCCUCCACAUAUGUUAAAUUUUCCUCCACAGUUCCGGCAAAGUUAUUUUCCCAUGAACAAUGCCCAGGACUGAGGCCAAAAAGAGAACCAAGCCACGGCUAUUACACAGCUGAAAAUAUCUGAAGAAUUUCCUCUUUUUCUCAAUGAAAUUCCCAUCAUGUCAUGCAGAGAACACUCAGGAACCAGCAUCAAUGCAUAAGGAAGCCCAUCCACCAGCAGCAGCACAAGCAGAGGGUCGAUGAUGUGGUCUUUUUUUUUUUUUCUUUCCUCAGACUUUUUACUUUCAAUGUAAAUAUAAUAUAGAGCCUAGUUUGGAAAUACCUGCAACAAAAGCUGUGGAGGUUUUGUCCAUGACCAAAGACAAUCAAGAUGAUGUUGACGAUGAAGUUGAGAAUGCCUUAAAAUAUUUGAAACCGUGUUUUCAAAAUAAGCAAUGUAAUAAAACAGCCAAGUCAUCGGAGCGUUAAAUCCAUUUCCUCACGAGGAGACGAGUUGGAUCGUUGAAAGAUGCAAAUGUUUGUCGAGAUGAACACAAAUCAUGUGGGUGGUGAAGACGGUGGAUCGUGCAUGUUUUCAAUUGUCUGUGGACCAGAAAAAAUUUGAAAUUUUCUCAUCAGUCUUUAUUAUCUUUUAUUUAACUUUGUUGUUUUCAAGUCUCAUGUUCUGGGCUUCGUUAUGCAUCCGUUGCUCUGUCUGUAGGGACGGACUUCUCGCAUUGUAGUGCCUCAUAACACACUGAUCCCAGUUCUGCGUUGCUCUCUGACACUCGCUCAGUGCUUUUAAUGUUUUUAAAAAUCAGAGCCUUUACUCAACUGCAAGAGAUCACACAGAAAUUCAUUCCCAGAUGGAAAACAACAACAACUCAAUUCUUCCUAAAUACUGUAUGAUUUCAUUCUUUGACAAUCUUGUAGGUUUAUUUUAAAGCCCUGCGAACUGUUUUAUGUCAUUGUUCCACUUAAUGACUGAUUGACUUUAGUCUUGAGUGACUUAUUAAACAUCUAAACCGUACGUGACACCAUCCUCGACAUGAAAGAGCAGAAAACUCAGCGCAGUAGCUAAGUUUGAACUGUUGUAUAAACCGUUUUAUUGCCGGGGAUGACUGUGAAGUUGAGAUAAAAGACUCAAGUGACGGACUGAAAAACUUCAAACCAGAGCCGCUGCAUCAGCCACACAUUUGAUUUCUUUGUUUCAGACUUUAGGUAAUAAUUUUUUAUUGCAUUAAGAUUUCCCCUGCGGCUUAUAUCUAUGUAUUAGCGGUUAUGAGGGCUUUCCGUUUCCUGACAUCUGAUGCUUUUGAUGAAGGAAGGAAGACAUUCUGUGCUCAUUUUUAACUGACUUUGAACUGUUGAAUUCAAAAAAUGUAGUUGAGAAUCACAAUUUUAGCAGAUAAUCGCCCAAUUCAAGGGACCUUUAUGUUUUGCUUUAUCCUAAGAAAAUGACCUUUUUUGGAAUUUCUCCACUAUCAGAUAUCAUUAACGGUAUCAAAAAUCCAAUUUGAAUGGUGAAUUUGAAAACACCCUACUUGCAAUCUAUUGCCAUGUUUGUCCUCUUUGUAAUAGAGGCUGUUUGGGCUUUAAUUUUUCUGUUGAUGAAGGACUUUUUUUGUUUUUGUGUGGUAAUAACGACCUUUUGAAUGAAUUCAGCCUGUCUUAAUCUUUAAUACUUGUGCAGUACGUCUGCAGGUUGCUGUUACAAAUGAAUGUGGCUCAGUCUUACUGCACAUUUACCGAUAUCUUAACAUGACGGUUAUAAUGAAAAGACCUGCUGUUACACUUGCUCACCGUCUUAUCCGAUGGGCAGAAAAUCAGCUCCCAUUUUAGGCACAAAUCCAAAUUACAAUCAUGGUAUCAGCUUGUGAAGGAUCAGUACUGUUUGCUUUCUCAUGUUUUCUUCUGUUUUUCUACUUCAAAGUGAACCAGAACUUCGACAGAAACCAUUAACAUCUUAAUUUUCAUUCCUAAACUAAGUCUGCACUUCAUCUGCAACUUACACACAAGCAUUCACGUUUUAUUUAUUAAGCUUUUUUUUUUUUUUUUCUUUUGGUGACACUGGUUUAAAUAUGGUAGCUGAUUUGGCUGUUGAUAUUUUUGCCCUUGGUCAUAUAAAUGUGUCUUGAUUUCUCUCUGUGUUUAGACUAUGCAUGUUUAAAAAUUAAGUUUGCUAUGUAGUGGAAUGCUAUUGUAUUAACUGCACAGGAAAGAGUACUGUUAAUAUGGAAGAUGGAUUAUUUUUAAUUUAGCUUUUAAAUAUUUGCUCUGCACAAUUAAAAAAAAACAAAACAAAACAAAAAAAGUCCAAUUUGGAAUUGUUCAGAAUCGGCCAUAAUAGUGUACAGUUAUCUGAACUCAUGAUUUGCUAUACGGGCUAUAUUGUUUGUCUUCAUUUAUUUUAUGUUAUUUCCACAUUAUAAAGACUUGAGGGGUGUAGAGUGGAAUGUAAGCAUUUAUGUUUGAACCACUUAAUUUAUUAUGUUUUGUUUGUAAUACUUUAUAAAGUUUUGAAAAAAUGUGCAAGAAAUAAUAAAAGUUACUUAUAGUUAACCAGAAA